GAUUAAAUCUUGAUCUGCGUGAUUUGAAACGGUUGACCUCACACCAGUACCUGUCGUCAGAAUUAGUCUCUGCUGAGUCGAACUUGCGGUAAAUCGGCUGUAACAACAGCAUCUCUUCGCCACGUACGGGUUGAAAGGGUAAUUCGAAAUGGCACUCAUGAAUCUGGGCGUUAAGGCGCUACUUGACUGGAUAAGUAAUCUCACGUUGCCCCACCGAGCGAUAAAAAACAUCGAAGAGUUACAGAAUGGGGAGUUGCUGUUUGAUGUUGUAUAUCAAAUGAAAAAGGAACAACCUCCUUCAAUAACAUCACCGAGAGAACGUUUUAAAGCCAUUGCAGAAUUUGUGGAGAAGGUUUGCAGAUUCAGCGCGACCGAAAGUUGUUCAUUAUCCUGGGACAACAUAAAUAAUGGCAUCAACUUGACUUUGGAAAUAGCAAAGGUGCUGUUGUUGCUGGUUUACCAUGACAUGAUGAGCGGUGAACGGUGCACACUUAAAACCUUGGACUGUGAGGUGGAGGGGGAGAUUGCAAAUCUGACUGUUUUUUACGUGAUGGAGAAUGAGGGCAGAGUUUAUCUGAGUAGUAGUCUUGAUGCCUUCUUGGCAAGGCAAUAUUUGCCUGUGACUCCUGAAGUAUUCGCUAGAACGACAAGCACCUCUACUUCCAGUUUAUCGACAACCUCUACACUCUCCGAUGAAGACUCCCCGGUGUUCCAUCGCACAAAGAAAAUCGCCUUUGUCGAUGUGCACACUGUGGCAUCAUCUUCCUCCAGCAAAUCUCCUCUUCAAGAUAUAAUGAACACUCCCAAAUUCCAGUUGAGGAAGAUUCAGCGGGAGAUGAUCAGAGAGCGAGAUUAUAGGGAUGGACUGGAGAAGGACCUCGUUGGAAAAAUUAGCCUUCUUGCACAAAGAGAAUCUCACAUCAACCAGCUGCAGUAUCGUCUGGACAAGAUGAAAGGGGAACAAACGGCUAAUGAGCUCAGCACCAGGGAACAAAUCCAUGACCUUGAGAUGAAGAAUGACUCGUUACAACUGCGACUCGACGAGCUUCUGAAAGAAAACAAAGAGGGUAAAAGUUCCUGUUUGCUGAUGGAGCGAAAAGUGACUGAAGUUGAAGAGGAAAACGGCGCCCUCUCUUCACAGAUGCGGACAUUGCAUGCGCAGCUGUCCAUGUGUCGAGCGGAGGUUGUCAGGCUGACGGGAAGCCAAGCAUCUCUGCAAGAAGAGUGGAGAGCCAAAGAGGACUACUUCAACGCUGAACUCAGUCAAGCCGCUUCACAAAAGGAGCUCCUGACUGAACAAAUUCAGAUACUCCAGGGAAAGAUUUCAUGCUUGGAAGAAGAAAUUAGAGCAGCCACAAAGCAAGAUGUCGGCGAAAACAUGGGGCCAGUUAUUGAGAUCCCAGUUGACUAA